AUGGGCUCCGGUACUUCAUCACCACAAGCUCAAGAUUCAGCUACACCACCAUCGAUCCCCCUGCCUUUGCUCUUGAGGGCCAAACUCUGUCAGCUCCAAGGAAACCCAAGUUCAGCAAUAAACUGGUCACCGCCACCAACAUCAAGACUAAGACCACCAUCAUUGGGCUUAAAGAAAUCACCAUUUCCAUUACUUUCACCGCCUUCACGGUCAUUGCUGAAUUCAACCAGGGACUCUCUCAGAAAUAAAGCCAUACAAAUCUUGGAAUCACCAGAUACAUUGCCUCUUACUUAUCUUCUUGAUGAACUUAACUUCCCUGAGAGCUCACCUAUUUUAAGGGAGGCCAAAAACCUCCUGAAUUACCUUAAAAAAAAUUACCUUACUUCCUUCUGUCUAUGCCUUAUUUCUUUCUUUAAAACUUGUGGCUCUGAAUUUGUGAACUGCAAAGAGUGUGCCUUUGAUACUCUAUGCCAGAUUCUGACAGAAGAUAAGCAUGGAUUUUGGCAAGAAACCUCCUUCAUGGAUAAAGAACUCAAAUCUGCAAUUCUUGAUUGUUUGAAGACAGAGACUUCAACAAGGAAUUUGCAUAAACUUCGCGAUUUUGUCGCCAAGGUUGCCUCUAAAGAAGUAAGACUUGGAAAUGAAUGGCCUGAGCUUCUCAAGUUUGUUCAUGAAUCUUUGGAUUCUGAUUCUGAAGAGAAAACGAAGUAUGCUGUUUCUUUGCUCUAUAAGUUGAUACCGCAAUGUCCUGUCGAAGAUUUGGCUAUUAGUCUUGACUCCUUUUAUGAUUGUUUAGUGGAUAUAUUUGAUAAUGAUGAUAAGAGUCUAGAGUUGCAGGUUGAGGCAGCUCUGACCUCAAAUCGUUUUCUUUGUUACUGGACGAAUCGAUCGAACUAUGAUACAUAUAGUAUCCUUUUGGUUGAAAUAGUGGAGACCAUUCCGGCUGUGGUUGAGCAUAGAUCAGACAAAGGUGUACAGGCGGUGGUUAAUGAAUUGACUGUGUUGGCAAAGGAGAAGCCAUGGUCCUUGAGUGGACAAUUUGAUUAUGUGGCUCUAACUGUGCUUAGGAUCAUGGAUGAAGUCGAACUUCAGGAAAAAACAAGAAUUCUUGCAUUAGAAUUUGUGGUUGCUUUAGCUGAAGAAAGAGCUGAGGGUCGACAGAUGUUGCUAGAAUCGAAACGUGUAAUCCCCAAGUUUCUUGAGAAGAUUUUGUUUCUGCUAGAAAAAUUGAAGGAUGACUCAGAAUGGGAAACUGAAGAGAGUGAUAUCCCGAAUCUGCCUUCGGUAAGGUGCUUGGAUAGAAUUUUAGCUGCCUUAGGCAGGAAGGUUCUUAUGAAGAAUUUCCCCAAAUUAUUUGCAACUCAUUUUGGUUCUGAAGAUUGGCAGAGCCGCCAUGCUGCUGUUCUUUCCAUUGGCAUUGUUGCACAGAGAUGCUCAAAGCUAAAGGAGUGGAAACAAGGUUGGAAUCAAAUGGCGGGAAGAAUUAUCGGAAGUGUCAAAGAAGACAUACACCCUCGUGUGCGUUGGGCAGCUCUAUAUACAAUCAAACAAUUUUCCAAGCGUUUGAAACCUGAAUUUCAAGACCAGUAUCAUGAACAAGUUCUGCCUGCAUUAACCGAAGCCAUGGAUGAUUUUAACAAUCCGCGUGUUCAGCUUCAAGCUUAUUCAGCAUUGUUCGACUUCACCUCGAACUGCACUUCAAGUACUCUUAAACCUUACCUGAAAGAAAUAGUCAAAAAAUUGCUCAAAAUAUUAAAGAAAGAAAAUCACAUGUUCAAGGGUGAAACUUUAAAUUUAUUGUCAGCAGUUGCUUAUUCAUCACAGGAUCAGUUUGCAGAGUAUUACAGUACUGUCAUGCCUUACCUUAAGGUUAUAAUGAUGACUGCUAAAGAAGAAUCUGACCACAAACUUCUUUCCAAUUCUAUUGAGUGCAUCACUAUGGUUUGGAUGGCUGUAGGAAAGGAAAAGAUCAGAGCUGAUACUGAUAUGGUUGUGCAAAUGCUCAUCUCUUUGCAAAAAUCUGAAUUAGAGGCAAAUGAUCCAGUGAGAAGUCAACUGUUGCUAGCAUGGGCCAGACUCGGGAAAUGCUUGGGACAAGAAUUCGAACCUUAUAUGAGCGUCGCCAUUCCUCGUUUGCUCAAGGCUGCUAAGAUUGGAUCGUAUGUCGUUAUACCUGAGAAUCCUGACAAUAUUGAUGAUUCAGAUGGCAGAAACAAUGCUAUAAUGCAUAUCAGGGCCCUAAUUCUUGGAGAUCGAAAGAUUUGGAUAAAAACUAAGGUUCUGGAGGAGAAAGUGGCAGCUUGUAAAGGCCUGUAUUUACUUGCUGAUGAGUUGAAGGAAGGACUUGCUGUAUGGAUCGAAGAGGUUGCUCAGACUUUAAUUCCACGUCUCAACUUUGAAAUCAACGAAGAAAUUCGAAGAGUUUCUGCUUCAGCCAUGCCAGUGCUAUUAAAAUCAUCUAAAGAAGCAAUACAAAAAGGGUAUCUUGAAUUGUCUGAUGAAUCUCCUUUUGAGAAAUUAUGUUCGAAUGUGGUACCAGCUUUGGUAAAAGCUCUAAGUAAGGAAUCCUUGCCCGAAAUUGUUGCAAUAAUUUUGGACUCUUUGGAGGAAUGCAUGAAGGUCUCUCUUGCUUUUAAGAAGUUUGUACUGCUUAUAGUUAUGUCUGGACCUGUUCUAGAUGAAGACCAGACUGACAUGUUCUUGAAGAAGAUAAUGAAUGUUAUGAAUUCAAGAAGCAAAGAGGGGGCCAAUCAUGUAAUAGAACAGACAUUACCAGAAGAUGAAGACGAGGAAGAACAGAAAGUUUAUGACAAAGCCGUUGAUUGUUUGGCCACUUUCAUCAGAAUACACAAGCCUUCUUUCUCGCCAUUCCUUGGAAAGCUUGUGCCAUGCAUACAACUUAUGUGGGAAAAGGAUAAAAAAGUUAAAGAGCGAAGAACUGCCUUGGGUGUAUUUUGUCAUGUUGUGAAGCAAUUCCCAGAAGAAGCAUUUAGGCAGUACAAGAUUUUUCUUCUAUUUAUUUUUGAGGCGUGCAAGGAUGAGAACCCCGAAGUCGUAGAGGUAGCUGCGCAGGCAAUUGGGAUAUGUGCAGAGUUUGGUGGGUCUGCAUUCAAGUCUCUUCUUAAAGAGGCUUUUUGUGCUCUGAAAGCUGUUAUAGAGCAUCCUAAGGCAUUGCAGAUAGAAUACGUAAUGGCCCAUGAUGCUGCUGUUUCUGCUCUAGGAAAAUUUUUGCAGUUCCAUCGUGAAAAACUCAACGCAGCAGAGGAGAGUAUGUUUGGCAGAUUUUUUAGGACGUGGUUAAGACAUUUGCCACUGAACAAUAAUCUAAAUGAGGCCAAAGUAGCACAUCAACAGCUUUGUUCACUGGUUGAAGCGUCAGAUGUGGAACUUCUUGGCCCCAAAAAGAAAAAUCUUCACAAGAUUGUUACUGUUUAUGCCGAGAUCCUGUGGGCAGGUAAUAAGUUGGCCACUGAGGAAACUGAAACUGCAGAGAGUGAUAACAACAAUCAGGGCUUGAUAAGAAUUUCAGCCCAUAGGAAGAAUACCUCCGCUAGAAUUGCAGCUGCCUUGGCUGGGGAAGUUGUUAUAAACAGCUUCCUUCAAUCAUUUCCUUCUCAUUUUAAUGCUGUAAAAUGGCAUCGCCGCCAUGCUGUUUUCUCAGGACCUACUCUUGAUGAUGGCCAGAUCAACUUCUUGAUAGAGAUAAUGAAGGUUCUCAUAGACAGCCCAUCUCAUUCAAGAAGCAAAACGGUGGACAUCGGCGCAAGAGAGCAGGAACUAGUAAAAGAGGAAAAUUAG